CACAAAUUUCGUGGCAUUGCCAAUUUUGUUGAGGACUCUGACCGUUGCGGACGUUGUGACCGAGUGCACAGUACUGAAUUCAUGAUGGUACAAGUGAAAGUCAGUGAGGGACUGCUGGAGGGAGAGCGAGUGGACAACCCGUACGGAGGGUCCUACUUCAGCUUCAAGGGAAUACCGUACGCGCAGCCACCUGUAGGAGAUCUACGGUUCAAGGCACCAGUACCUCCAAAGUCGUGGAAUGGAGUUCGUUCUGCCAAGGAAUUCGGACCAAAAUCAUAUCAGAACGACAUCUUUAUGAAUGUCGGAAGAGUUGGCGAAGAAGAUUGUUUGUACCUGAACGUGUACACGCCAUCAACAAAACCGGACAAGCCUUUACCAGUCAUGUUCUGGAUACAUGGAGGAGGUUUCUUCAGCGGCAGUGGUAACGAUGAUCUUUAUGGGCCAGAGUUACUUGUCAGACACGAUGUCGUCCUUGUCACCUUCAACUAUAGAGUAGAUGUGCUCGGCUUUCUUUGUUUAGACACAGAGGAUGUUCCUGGCAACGCAGUUGGAGUUCCCGUAACGGUAGCAAUGUUUGAAGCUUUCAAGGGUGGAAUAGACGUAAAUUUCACUGUAGUCAACGAAAAGAAAUUUGGAGACAAUGAGAGAUUCUUUUAUGGAGACAUGGUUGAUGCAGUGUCAAAUGGUGUUCAUGAAGGAGUAGAAAUAAUGACGGGGACCACUACAGAAGAAGGUCUCAUUGCUAUGGGAGACCUUGAAGCCACUAAGAAGGUUUUGGAAAUGGCAAAAACGUUCCCAGAAAUGUUUGUCAAUAAAUCGGAAGCAUUCUAUUUGCCCUUGAAGGAGCAGCUUAAGAUAGGGAAAGAAAUCAGGAAUUUUUAUUUCAAUGACCAGGUGAACAUCCCAGAUGAUUGGGAUAAGUUGAUGAAUUUCUUUUCGAUGCAGAUGUUCAUACACUCGUCAAUGAAAUGGGUAAAAUACUGUGCACAAGCGAAGAAGCACAAACUAUACUUGUAUAAAUUUUCUUGUAAAUCAGAGAGGAACGUUAUUGCUGUCUUGAGAGGUCAGGCAGAAAUGUUGGGAAACCGACAAGUUACUUGUCAUGCUGAUGAACUAACGUAUCUUUUUAACCCUAAACUGAUGCCAAAGGUGGACACUGCUUCUUCGACGUUUGAAAUGAUGGAAAGAUUGUUGAAACUUUGGACAAACUUCGCUAAAUAUGGAAACCCAACUCCAGACGAUUCCCUGGGCGCUAAGUGGGCACCGUAUACUCUAGAAAACCAAGAAUAUCUGGACAUUGGAAGCGAGCUGAAAGCGGGGACUGCGCCAGAUGCUGAGGAAACACAAUUCUGGGAUAAAUUGUAUGAAAGAUAUGGACUGUGA